CUUAUCUUAGUUGACUGUUGCAAGGAAAACAAUGCCUCCACGGCGUCAACCACGAGGGUUGCUGUGGUCUUGUAUCAACUCAACCAGUAAGAUGGUCCUAGCACAGACACUCUCUUCUCCACAUCCUCAGCAGGAGGUCAUAACACGUGAGUUGCUGAACCGGUACAUUCCACCGCUGCUGAUUCAGGACGUGUUGAACUCUGUGUUGCGACGACUUGCUACCCACCACUCAGCUCUGGCCUCACACUCUGUGGUCUCCUCUCUGCUUAACAUUCUCCUUCAUCCUCAAAUAACAGAUCUGCAGCUGGCAGAUCUAAGUUAUAUUGGCUCUGUAGAAUUAGAGACUCUGGAUAAAGUGGAGUUAACACUGAUGAAUCUGUUGCCUUCUAUGACACAGUUGACACAGUUAAACUUGUCCACACAUCACUACAAGAUCACACUUCCCUCGUGCUCCUCAGGAAUACUGCAGAUCCUGGGGCGCUCCUGCCCUAACCUCAAACGUCUCAACCUCAACAAUAACAACCGUGUCACUGGUGAGGGACUGCUUCACCUCUAUCCUACAGAGCAUCAAGCAGGCUGUAUCAAUCUAGAAGAACUUUUCCUACAGGAUUGCAGCAUUGAUGCAGAAGAUGUGGCAAUGCUCAUUCAUUGCUUCCCAAAUUUGCAACUUGUAGGAUACAAAGAGCUUGGCACAUCACUACAGAUACUGAAAUCACAGCCUAAAAAGUUUGGUCGUAAAACCCGCCGACGAACUUUGUAUGAGUACAGCUUGAAGCUCACUCAUGUUGAUAAUACCUUGUCCAGAGUACAAAAAUGUGAUGGGGAAAUAGUGGACUUCAUAUGUGAAGCAUGUCCCAAUAUAGAAAAUUUAAAAGUCCGUGUGUGUGACAAAGAUGUGGGAAAGUUGAGAAAAUUGCAUAAACUUAAACAUUUGGAACUUCGGUUUUACACUGGAUUGCAUCACCCCAUAGAAAGCUCAACAAUAAGCUACUUUAAGAGCCAUGGCUCUCAUUUGGCCUCUCUAACAAUAUUCUGUAACCAUCUAUAUUCUAACCAUGUGCAGAUUAUAGCUGAACACUGUUUCAACUUGACAAAGUUGUUCCUUCAUGCCAAUGUAGCUGUUGCAGAUAGAUGUCUGGCAUCGUGUGUCAGCAAGCUACAAAAACUGGAGGUGUUGAACUUGAGGUUGGGACAUGAUGAGCUGAUCGUGAGUCCCAGAGCAUGUGAGCUGGUGUGUUUCCUGCUGAGUGAAGCUUACCUACUGCAGGAGUUGUACCUGCUGGUGCGCUGUCAUGGCGUUCAUGAUUUCUUCAUCACUACGCUCUUACACACCAAUCCUCUCUUGCACUUAAAGGUGCUGAUAGCUGAUGCACCUCGCAGAACACUGUCAGCACCCAUGUUGGAGUUGACUAUAGACACUGCCUGGCUCCUCAUCAACAGCUGCCAACACUUACACCUCUUGGGAAACCUAAUAUGCUGGAAUGUAACACCUGAAGAGGUAGAAGCUCUGAAGUCUGUGUCAAGAAGCAGGAACUACAGUUUAAAAGUCAUUUACAGUCAUUCUAACAAGUUGAAUGACAAGAUGAAUGUGUAAGAACAUUCAUGGAUGGUGUAAUUACCUAUUUGAGUUAAUGAAGUGUGAGCUCCAGCUCUCGGUACCACCUCAUCACUUACACCGACUAACUUGAUCAAGUGCUGCCGUGUUUAUUUUGUGACUGCCUGUAUGCAGCUAGAAUGGAGCUAGCACAAACUAGCUAAUAUUGCAAUUAGUGAUUUGUUAAAUAACUUUAUGAACUAUGUUCUAAUACAGCGAAAAUUAUGAUUACAUAGUGAUUUGCUAAAAAAAUACAUGGAUAGUCUUAGCAAAUUAACAAAUUUCUUUGUUGUAAGUUUUAUAUAAACCACAAAGAUGGCAAUAGCUGAGAAAUAUAUUUUAGUGAUUUCUUAAAAAAAAAAAAAAAAAACUGGGUACAUAUUGUGGUAUCAAACUAACAGCAAAUAUUGCCAGUGGUCAUUUGUUAAAAACUAUGUGAACAGUCUGGUGAAUAGCAAUGAACAUUGCUAGUGGUGAUUUGUUUUAAAUCAUGGUAAAAACACGAACUACAGGGGCUCCUAGACUUACGAUAGGAUUAUGUUCUGACAAACUCAUCGUAAGUUGAAAAUAUCGUAAGUCGAAUAUGAAUACAGUAUGCUAAAUAAAUAAGUAAAUACACCCACCAUCCGACUUACGACCGAGUUCGGUUCCGAGAAACCGGUCGUAAGUCGAAAUGGUCGUAAGUCGAACUUUACUACUGAAUAUCAACAAAACAUUUUUGUAAUGACUUUAUUUUAUUGUUUUAUUUUGGUAUUUCAUGUUUUACUUUACUUUUUAUGUUGUUAGUACUGUAUUUUAUACUGUAAGGUUUAGGAUAAACACUGUGUACAACACAAAUAGUUGGUUAUAUCCCAGGAAUUUGGCAUAAAAAACACGGUUGUAAGUUGAGUGGUCAUAAGUCGAGCAGGUCGUAAGUCGGAUGGUAGGUGUAACUAUUGUCACUGAGUAAAUAAACAAAUAAUUACUGUAUCUAGAUACCAGUACUGAAAAGUAAAUAAAUGAAUACAAGUUACAGACUUUCCGCCUUAAUGCUGGGUAAUUAUCUCGAGUUUCAUCUCCAGAGUAAUUGCUGUCGCACCAUCAAAGUUGAAAUACGGUAAGUCGAGGAGCACCUGUAUAGUGUAUAGUAGCGAUAGCAAUCAACCUGUCCUUACAUGGUGCAUCAUUGUGUAUUAUUAAUUGUGAUAUUCACUGUCUUCUCUGAAACCUUUAACUAGACACAGUUUUUCUUAAUUUUGAAUAUUUGUAAAUGUAGGCUUUUAUAGGCUUAUGUUACCUGGCUUGACUUGAAAAUUCUGCCCAGGAAAUGCUGAGGUCACACUGGAGAUUAUGUAAGAAAAUGAACUGCGUAAGAAAUGAACAGGUGAUACAAGUACAGCCUCUCCUUGCCCAGCGACACACUCGUUUACCAACAACUCGGACUUACGACGGGCUCUCUGACCAGUAUGCAUACCUAAAUACAGCCUCUCUUCACUUAACCCUUUCAGGGUUUCGGCCGUACUAGUACGGCUUACGCACCAGGGUUUUUGACGUACUAGUACGCCUAAAUUCUACCGCCCUCAAAUCUAAUGAGAGAAAGCUGGUAGGCCUACAUAUGAAAGAAUGGGUCUAUGUGGUCAGUGAGCAUGGUAUAAAAAAAUCCUGCAGCACACAGUGCGUAAUGAGAAAAAAAAAGCUUUCACCGUGUUUUUGGAUAAAAACAGCGACUUUGCACUAUAUUUUCGUAUGGUAUUUAUUGUUGCAUUCUAGUUUUCCUGGUCUCAUUUUAUAGAAUGGAAGACAUAUUACAGAAAUUGAGAUGAUUUUGACCGGUUUUACAAUGAAAAGUACCUUGAAAUUGAGCUCAAAGUAGCAGAAAUGUUCGAUUUUUACCGAAGUUCAAAAGUAAACAAAUCAUGCUAUGCGUCCAAUACACGUCAACUGGUGAGUCUAAUAUUCUUUCACAAGUGUGCUGAUAUUAUUUAUACCAUUUCUACACUAAUGCAGUAGUCUGCAUAACAGUAAAUCUUCUAUUUUUUUGUGAGAAUAAAAAUUCAAAGUGGAAAGCAAAAGAAUAUAAGAGGGGCGUGGGGACAUGACUGAUGAACAGAGGAAAUGUUAUUUUAGUGCCAGGAAUGUCUUUCUUGUUUAUUCUGGAACCUAUUCGGAAAUUGGCAUCUUUUGAAAUUUGUGUGAAAUUGGCAAAAUUGCUAAAUUCUGACCACUGUAUUGGAUAGUUGAAAUCGGUAAAUGGGUGGUUUCUUGUACUCAUUCGAUAGAAAAAAUGGAGUUCUAGCGAAAUAGUUAUGAUUUUUAUCAACUAGUACACUGGAAUUGGCCGAAAAUAGGGCUCAAAUUAGGCAAAAUCGCCAAUGCGUAAACAUCGUCGUGACCGCUAACUUUGCAAGAGCAUAAUUCCGUACAUUUUCCAUCAAAUUUCAUACUUUUGGUGUCAUUAUGAUCAGGAAAAGAUUCUCCAUCUUUUCAUAAGAAAAAAAUAAUUUUUUUUUUUUUUGAAAUUUGGGUGACCCUGAGAACAAGUCUCUGAGAGUGCCUGCCGACCCUGAAAGAGUUAAUUAACGAAAGUGUUCCGUUCCUAAUACCACAUCACUAAAUGAGGAGCAUACAAUAAUGGUAAUGGGUUUAUGUCAUCCAUCUUUGAUAUUGCUUUAAUGUCACCUUUGCAUUUAUAACAUUUCUGGUAUAUUUUUAAAUGUUUGUACAGUAGUGUACCGUAUAUUGUAAUAAACAGAAUAGAGGAAAUUGGCUCCAAUAUACAUUAUUUAGGUAUGCAUACUGGUCAGAGAGUUCGUCAUAGUCGGAGUCGUCAGUGAAUAAGCAAGUCGCUAAGUGAGGAGAGGCUGUAAAGUAUGUUAGAGCUGAUUUCUUUUAUUCUGUGUAUGUAUUACAGUAUACAGUACACUAUUGUAUGAACAUUUAAAAAUGUACCAGAAAUGUUAUACUAAUGGUGCAAAGAUGACAUUAAAACAAUAUCAAAGAUGGUUGACACAAACCAACUAUCAUUAGAGUAUGCUCCUCACUUAGCAACGAAUUUGUUUACUGAUGUGGUCUUCAGAACUGAACUCCGUUGUUAAGUGAGGAGAGAUUGUACAGUACUGGGACAAGUAGAGUACUGACACAAGUUGAGUACUGACACAAGUAGAGUACUGACACAAGUAGAGUACUGACACAAGUAGAGUACUGACACAAGUAGAGUACUGACACAAGUUGAGUACAGCAAUACCUCACACAGUACAGCUUGCAACAGUACACGUUAUGAUAUAAUUUUAUUUUUCAACAAACUGACCAUAUCCUACUGAGACAGGGUGACCUAAAAAAAAGUUUUCCUUUUUGAAUUUAGUAAAUUAUACAGGAGAAGGCAUUACUAGCCCCUUGAUCAUGACAUUUUAGUUUCCUCUUAUGACAAGUAUGGCUUUUUUUUUAUGUAAUAUGGUUUGUAAAUUUAAUAAUAUAAAUUUUAUGUACCACAUUUUAUAGCAAACAAGACCAUUUCUGUCUGUUUUCUUACAUCAUCACUCAUGGUUUCAAAUUAGUAAGUUUAAAUUAUUUAGGUACAGGUACACUUAUUAUUUUUAUUAUUUUAAUCAGGGGGGAAGCGCUAAACCCAUAGGAUUAUACAGCACCUGUGGAAGAGGGGGAGGAAGGUAUUCUGGGUUGAUUCAGGGAACUGGAGCACAUAUUCGGUUCCCUAGAUCAAGAGCCCCUCACCAGCAUCAAGGAACCUUCCUUGAGGAGACAGGUAAUAAUAAUAAUAAUAAUAUCUUUAUUUACUACAAGUACAUGUACAUGGUAUACAGGCCUAGCUGACAACAAUGACAUACUACUGCAUAGAAAUCCCCUUGUUAUGCUCAGCAUUUCGGGCAAAUUAGGUCAGUGUCCCAGGAUGCGACCCACACCAGUCAACUAACACCUAGGUACCCAUUUUACUGAUGGGGAACAUAGACAACAGGUGGAAAGAAACACGCCCAAUGUUUCUACUCUGGCUGGGAAUCGAACCCAGACCCUCGCCGUGUGAAGCGAGAGUGUUAGCCACCAGGCCACCAGAAUUAUCCACAUAAAUUAUCAUUCAUAGUAAGAUGUAUGUAAAUUACCGAGUACAGGUCCACCAUCAUAAAUCCGGCAAUCAGACAUCUGGUUCCAUCAGUUAUUCGGCACUAAUUUCAGCUAGCAUAAUUUUAAAUUUCCAGGGUCACCACACCAACUUGCUGGUACUGUAUGGUUGUGCUACUUGCUGCAUAAGUCAUUCCAAUUUCUUUUUCUCCAUUUAUUGUUAUAACCUGCUUACUUUUAGUAAAUACAGUAUUCGAUUCCCAGCCAGGGUAGAAACAUUGGGUGUUUCUUUACACCUGUUAUCUAUGUUCACCCAUCAGUAAAUGGGUACCUGGGCAUUAGUGGACUGGUGUGGGUGUUAUCCUUGGACACUGACCUAAUUUGCCUGAAAUGCUUAGCAUAACAAGGGGCUUUCUAUAUACAGGUACCAUCCGACUUAUGACCGAGUUCGGUUCCGACCAACUGGUCGUAAGUCAAAAUGGACGCAAGUCGAACCUUACUAUUGAAUAUCAACAUCACAUUUUUGUAAUGACUUCAUUUUAUUGUUUUAUUUUGGUACACCUACCAUCCGACUUACGACCUGCUUGACAUACGUCCACUCGACUUACGAUCGUGUAUCUGGCAGCUGGGCUGGCCCGGCUGAUGCACACAGCUGUACAAUAUUUGAGGAUACUCGCGGCAGCAAUGCAUCAUGCAGGCAGCAUCAGUUUGAGUAACCCUGCCCUAUCAGCGGCAUCAUGCUGUAUUAACUGGACAGUAAAUUUCACCAUGGCCCCUUAGAUGAAGUCUGAAUCUUGCACUGGAGAUUGUGGCAAGAAGGGCUCUUAUUCUCGAACUCUCUAUUUGCUUUCACUGUUGCACUGUCUGUAUCUGUCUGCCUGUAUAUCUGUGUCUGUCUGUAUCUGUGUUACUGUUUAUCUGUCUGUCUACCUGUGUGUGUGUCUUUCUGUCUACCUGUGUGUCUGUCUUUCUGUCUACCUGUGUGUCUGCCUGUCUACCUGUGUCUGUCUUUCUGUCUACCUGUGUGUCUGUCUUUCUGUCUUUCUGUCUACCUGUGUGUGUCUGUCUAUCUGUGUGUCUGUCUUUCUGUCUUUCUGUCUACCUGUGUGUGUCUGUCUUUCUGACUAUCUGUGUCUGUCUUUCUGUCUGCCUGUGUGUCUGUCUUUCUGUCUACCUGUGUCUGUCUUUCUGUCUACCUAUGUGUCUGUCUUUCUGUCUACCUGUGUCCGUCUUUCUGUCUACCUAUGUGUCUGUCUUUCUGUCUACCUGUGUGUCUGUUUUUCUGUCUACCUGUGUGUCUGUCUUUCUGUCUACCUGUGUGUCUGUCUUUCUGUCUACCUGUGUCUGUCUUUCUAAGUGUGUGUCUGUCUUUGUCUGAUUGUCUGUCUCAGAGCCACUCAUUAAGAGUGUACUUGGUCUUGAAGAUGCCAUAUUAAUAAUGAUAAUAAUAAUAAUCACUGAGGCGCAUUAAAUGUGUAUAAAACGUUAAUAUAGACAUUUUGCUUAAUCCAUCUAUGAUUUUUUUUUUCAAAAUUAUAUAAUAAACAUGCUACAUAACAUAUAGAUUAACAAAUAUGAGAUGUUUUUCUGGUCGGCUUGACAGUGUGAACAAAAACCAUUCGUGUCCGGGCUGGUAACAACAACAACGUUUGUUUACAUAACUCGUGAACCUUCUACACUCUCAUUCUCUCUCUCGUUUAUUCAUUUAAUCUUGUUUACUCACCUCUCACUCUACAUUAAGACUACAGAUAUUUUAAGGUAAGUAAUGAGUUUAAUAAUAAUAAUAUUAUUAAUAUUAGUACAUAUGUAUUAUUGUAAUAAUAAUAAUAAUAAUAAUAAUAAUUAUUAAUAUUAUUAUUAAUUUAGGGCACUGGAGCACAGAUCCACUGUAUAGCACUUUGUCUGGAUUUUAUGGGUUAUCCUAGGUAAUUUAUACUAUGUAUGAUAACUUUACUUACGUGUACCUGUGUGUGUGUGUGUGAGAGAGCGAGAGAGAGAGAGAGAGAUACAGAGAGAGAGAGACAGCCACAUUCAGUCAGCCCAUCAGCCAACCACCCACCUGGCCACCCACCCACCUGGCCAGCCAGCCAGCCAGCCAGAUACGUAUUACACAUGUUCCAGAGUUGUUUCUCUUUACUUAGGGUAUAGGUUACACAACAUUCUGGCAGGAUGACACUACCAGUGGUAUUCUCCCAUUCCACUGUGUCGACAAUACAUAAAGAUAACAGUAACAUAUGAUACUGUAUGCAAUGUAAAAUUUACAAUACAGUUCACUACCAUGCAUACAUUAUAUACAGUACAUAAAUAAUUAAAAUAUAACAAUAAAAGUAAAUUAUGGUAAAAAAAAUGAAAUAAUGAUUGUACAUUACAUUACAGUAUUAUGUAGGUAGUUUAUAUAGGAAAGUUUUGACAUUAUGCCCUACCCAGUAUGUCGGCAAUUUUCAAAGGUUCGACUUACGUCUAUUUUGACUUACGACCAGUUGGUCAGAACAAAGCUUGGUUGUAAGUCGGAUGGUUAGUGUAUUUCAUAUUUUACUUUACUUUUUAUGCUGUUAGUUCUGUAUUUUAUAUUGUAAGGUUUAGGAUAAACACUGUGUACAACACAAACAGUUGUUUAUUUCCCAGAAAUUUGGCAUUGAAAACACGGUCGUAAGUCGAAUGGUUAAAUGUCGAGCAGGUUGUAAGUUGGAUGGUAGGUGUAGUAGUAUUCAAAUUCAAAUUCAAAUUCAAACUUUAUUCUCUAUAAGUAUUACAAUGCUGAGUUUACAGAAUUUGGUUAUUGUGUGGUUUACAUGUAGUAAAAUAAUAAUUACAGAGUGUACCACUAGAACGCCUAGCAUGGCUAGGCAUUUCGGGCAGACUUAUAUUAAAUCUUAGGUUUAAAAUGUUACAGAAUUAUGAGAUAAGUUGGUAUUAUGGCUAAGUGACUAAAUACUAGUUGUGAGUUUAGCAAUGUGAAUGCUUUUGUUUUGGCACAGUACAUAGUUUCAGUAUUGGAGUAUCACAGGCCAACUUUUGACUAGUUAAGAUUCAUUAUUUUGAGAUUGAGAUUGAGAUUUCUGUUUAUGGUCAAAUGGGUGAGUGAGUGUAAGUGUGAACCACCAGGUGGUAUUCGUAUUAUUAGUUGACGGGGUGUAUCAGGGAGAUAAGAUGUUUUCUGAUGGUAGUUUUGAAGGUGAUGAAUGUGUCUGCAGUUUUGGAAUUUUCAGGUAGGGUGUUCCAGAUUUUAGGGCCUUUGACAUACAGGAGGGCCCCACUUAUACGGCGGGUUAGGUUCCAGGCUACCGCCGUAAAGUGGAACACCCUUUUUUUUCCACUUACAAAUGCAUACAAACACUAGAUAACAAGUUUACACUAACAUAUAUUAUGUUAGCAAUAGAACCAGGCAUCAAAAAACAAUAAAAAAGUACAAUACACACAUAGUGCACUCAUUACUUACCUUAAAAUAUUUAUAGUCUUAAUCUAGGGUGAGACAAGUAGUAUUUAUUGUAAGAAAUCAAGUGUGGUAUGUAUUGUAAUAGCCAGGCUACCUCACCAGG